AUGGAGGGCGGAAAGCAACUGACCUUCCCGCUGAUGCUGACUGUCGGGACGGCUGUGAUCGGCUCCCUUCAGUUCGGUUACAACACAGGUGUCAUCAAUGCCCCGCAAAAGAUCAUUGAGGCCUUCUACAAUCAGACAUGGACUGAUCGACAUAAUGAGAACAUCCCUAGUACCACCAUGACUACCCUGUGGUCUCUAUCAGUGGCCAUCUUCUCUGUGGGCGGCAUUAUUGGAUCCUUCUCCGUUGGGCUGUUUGUUAACCGCUUUGGAAGGAGGAACUCUAUGCUCAUGGCUAACGUCCUGGCUUUCAUCGCUGCAGCAUUGAUGGGCUUCUCUAAAAUGGCGGCGUCCUGGGAGAUGCUCAUUACUGGACGGUUUGUGGUGGGCCUUUACUCGGGCCUGUCCACUGGUUUUGUGCCCAUGUAUGUGGGUGAAGUGGCCCCCACAGCCCUUAGAGGAGCCCUGGGAACCCUUCACCAGUUGGGCAUUGUUAUUGGCAUCCUCAUGGCUCAGAUCUUUGGUAUGGACUCAAUCAUGGGAAAUGCCACCAUGUGGCCAUUCCUCCUUGGCUUCACCUUCAUCCCAGCCCUGCUGCAGUGCUGUUUACUGCCCUUCUGCCCCGAGAGCCCUCGAUUUCUCCUUAUCAUCCGCAACGAGGAAGACAAAGCCAAAUCAGUGCUUAAAAAGCUGCGUGGGAUGACAGAUGUGAGCGCAGACAUGCAGGAGAUGAAGGAGGAGAGCAGACAGAUGAUGAGAGAGAAGAAGGUGACCAUUCCUGAACUGUUCCGCUCCCCGCUCUACCGACAGCCCAUCAUUAUAGCCAUCAUGCUGCAGCUGUCCCAGCAGCUGUCUGGAAUCAAUGCUGUAUUCUACUACUCUACAAAGAUCUUUGAGAAGGCAGGUGUGAAGCAGCCAGUUUACGCCACGAUUGGAGCAGGAGUCGUCAACACCGCUUUCACUGUUGUGUCUCUGUUUGUGGUUGAGCGAGCGGGCCGCAGGUCUCUGCACCUCUUGGGACUUCUGGGAAUGGCUGGAUCUGCCGUACUGAUGACCAUCGCUGUUGCAUUGCUGGAAAAGUACGACUGGAUGUCCUACAUGAGCAUCGUAGCAAUCUUUGCAUUCGUUGCCUUCUUUGAGAUCGGACCAGGCCCCAUCCCAUGGUUCAUUGUGGCUGAACUGUUCAGUCAGGGCCCAAGACCCUCUGCUUUUGCUGUUGCUGGAUUCUCCAACUGGACAGCGAACUUUAUCGUGGGCAUGUGCUUUCAGUAUGUCGAGGAGCUCUGUGGGGCGUACGUGUUCAUCAUCUUCACCGUAUUCUUACUGUGCUUCUUCAUCUUCACUUACUUCAAAGUCCCAGAGACCAAGGGCCGGACGUUCGACGAAAUCUCCGCCGGUUUCCGCCAGACAGCAUCAGGUGCCGAGAAGCACUUGCCUGACGAGAUGAGCAGCCUGGGGGCGGACUCUCAACUUUAAACCCCUCCUCUAACCCCGCCUGCCUCAUCUGGUCACUCUUCUGCAUGCAACUACCUAGGAGAAGGGGUCAGCGGGCUGUCAAUCAAACAUUUCCCCCUUCCCAUGGCUGCACUCACCUCUUAUUCCCCCCGCGCUCCCCGAUGGCUUCACGCGGCCAGCCGAACGACAGCUGCUGGAUGCCAGACAUCGGGUUUGAAAGGCAGGGAGUAAGAGUAGUUAUCAUGAUCCUUCAAUCAGAAAGAUGAUCGUUUUAAGACAUGUUUGAGGUGUCGAAUUGCUUCGGCUAGUUUUACUAGGUUUUAUGUUUUUAAAUCUGACUUAACUGUUACUUCUGCUGUGCUUUGAGAGAGUAAAAAUCACCGGAGGUCACCGGGUCACUCCUGAUCGAGCUCUUGACGUCAGAAAUCCAGAUGCCAAAUGUAUACUGACAAUUUAAUACUGUAUUCCAGAUAACUGUAUCACAUUUAAAUGUACAUAUAUGUAUAUAUAUAAGGUUAGUUAAAUAAGACCCAAAAUAUGUCAUUAUACAUAUAUGUACAUUUAAGUAAAACUCUUCUGCAUAGCAAGCAUUUUCUGUUAUUUUAAUGCUUUACAGGGUAUUGUAUCUCUAUUUUCAUAUCAAUACGUCUUCUGUUCUUGCUUUCAAGAUGUGUCACAUCUUUUUAAAAUAUAUUUAUAUUUUGUAACAAAUUCACUUGCUUUCUCUAUGAAAUGUAGAUAGUUAUGACCCCUCCAGUAGGAGACAAACAGAAACAUUUCUUAAAUCGUUUCAUUAUGUUACUUGUCACCAAAUAUUACAUCAACCCAACUUUUUAAUGUAAGGUCGGUCACUUUAUAAUGCACAAUCAGACGUUCUCUUUAAUGAAAGUAUUCGCAUCAGUGCAAGUGAAUGUUGGUCAUACAGUACAGCAGAUAUCAGACACUCGUAAUGCUCCACUUCAGGAUGAGUUCAGAUGUCAGUAGUUUGAAAUGCGUUUUGCACAGUCGACUCCCUCCAGCCGAGGGAGAAUUGUCAAGAUGGGAAACACGGAGAGAGUGACCAAAAUGCACUGGGACUGGUGGCGUGAUUCGAGGGCAUUGAACAGCCUUCCUCUUCCUCUUCAUCUGAUGGAAGAGCUGCCAAACCAGACCAUUGAUGAUGCUGUUAAUACAAACCAUGUGUCUGUUUCUUCUCUUUUAACCUAGUCUGUUCACCCUUGAUAGUUUACCCAUAAGUAUUUGUGGUUUUUACGCACAUCAAAGUUAUCAAAUGAGGUUUUUCACUUUGAAUUUACGUGAGCAUAUACGUAUAAUCUGCUGUUAAACAUUAUUCUGCUUUUUAAACGCUCCAGAAUCAAUUUUAGUUUAGUUAAAAAAUGUGUACAAUUGAUCUUCACCUCUAAUAAAUGAUCUGUAUUUGUGUCUUUUUUUUUGACAUAUCAGAUACCUGUUUUUCUUUUUUUCUUUUUUCACUUUGAGUGGAGUUUGAGUGUGUGCAUGUGAUAUUUGGCCAGUUUGCCAGCAAUACAACAGAUCAAAUGAAUUUUUUGUAUUUCAACACCAGCAUCCUGAAUACAUACAUAUUCACCAGCAGAGCAUUCCAUACGGGAGUAUCGUGUGUGUGUGUUUUUGACGUUUUAUGCACAUCAGAAAGACACAGGUGUGUGUUUUUCAGAUCAUAUGCAUGUUCACAUGAACUCAGAAUGAGUUGAAAUCACUGAUGUGUGUUGUGUGGAAUUGUCAAAGAAACGUUUUAUAGCCUAUGGAGAGCUUGAUUUCCCGCUGUAACUGUAAAUACUGAAUGUAAAAUAGGUGAAAUUUUGUUAAAGACAUUUUAGUUUAAAGUAUGAUUUUAAUAGCUGUACUAUUCUCAUUUGUCAUUUUCCUGUUUUUAUAAUGUAGAAUAUGUUUCUCUUUUUUUUCUUUUCUUUGAUGCACUAUCAUGGUAGUCAUUACUGUAAGGCUCUGUAAACAUCUGUUUUUGUUUUGUAUACCGUACUGUAUUUAUUAGAACAUCUAAUUUAUUUAGUUUUUUUUUUCUUUUGCUGUCAGUUUUACUUAAGGAAAUAAAAUUGUUAGAAAA